CAAUCAGUAUCUUUGGUUCGGCAUUCACAUUAUCGGCAAACAAAGAGAAAUCACUACCAGUCAAUGGCGGGUUCUUCAAAUGAGCGAAAGAAAGAAAAGAAAGAAAAGGAAGUGAUAGUGCUAACGGAUUCGGACUCGGACGACUCUUUCACUUCGGAAGAAUUUGACUGGAACGAACCAGAACCAAAUAUCAUUUUUAUGCCAUCCGGAUUACGCUUUCGGAUACCGGUAAAGAUCGCAAAAGCCAUGGGAAUCGAUCGCUGCCUAAAGGUAACAAUAAAAAAUAGGCGUGGUGUCGAAACCACCUUGAACGUCACGGCUGAACCAAAAAGAGGGAAAAAGAAAAACAGGUAUAGUGUAUUGGGAUGGCCAGCAUGGGUUCGUGAAAACAACAUCAAGAAGGGUUAUCUUUGCGUUUUAGAGUGGUAUCCGGAUAUGCCUACGCUCUUUCUUAGGGAUGUAAUCGAAGAAUAAUGGUGUUAGUAUCAUAGAUCAACCGUUCAACCAUUUUAUAUGGUAAUUUUGGCUAACAAACGGUUUUGGCAAAAAGUAGAUAAGUAUGUAUAUAUGGUUUUUGUGGACCCUGUUUAAAUGUUUUGGUUUAUGUUUGCUUGGGACCCUUCAUAUGUAAGUAAUAUAUUAUACUUUUAGUGGCUUCUACA